UUCCGGCGUUGCCUUUAUUUCUGCCCGACAGAUGAAAACAUUAAUGAGGAUCUGUAAGGCCGGGUUGAAUUCUACCAAAUUUAGCAAAAUGUUACUUAUUUUACCGACUUAUAACCAAUUUAUAUCGAAGUGUUAGCCUUUAACAUCUUAAUCUAUAGUUAGCGCGGGCCCUGUUUGUACUGUACAUCCUUUUUUUGGUUCCACUAUAUUAUUUCUUUAUCUUAUAGCUGCCGAAAAUGAACGGAUUGUCCAUCAGCGAGUUGUGCGGCCUGUUUUGUUGCCCACCCUGUCCGAGCCGGAUUGCAGCGAAGCUGGCCUUCCUGCCACCGGAACCCACCUACGCUCUCUUGCCAGACCUUGAGUCAAACUCACCUGUGACCUCUAACCUCGGAGCUUCGGGUUUGCGCUCACGACUGGCCGCAGGUGGAGCAGGUGGUGGUGGUGCUGGUGCUGGAGCAGGAGGGGUUAUUGGAGAUCGGAGUGGAGAAGGUCGAUGGAAGUUACAUCUCUCGGAGAGAGCAGAGUUUCAGUAUUCUCAGAGGGAGCUGGAUGGAACCGAGGUCUUCCUCACUCACUCCAGCCGCGGAAACAAAGUGGGAUGCAUGUACAUUCGCUGCGCCCCCUCCGCAAAGUUCACUGUGCUAUUUUCCCAUGGUAAUGCUGUGGAUCUCGGUCAGAUGAGCAGCUUUUACAUCGGCCUGGGCACUCGCAUCAACUGUAACAUCUUCUCUUAUGAUUAUUCCGGUUAUGGGGUCAGCACAGGAAAACCCUCGGAGAAGAAUCUGUAUGCAGACAUCGACGCUGCGUGGCACGCUCUGCGCUCAAGAUAUGGAAUCAGUCCAGAGAAUAUAAUUCUUUACGGGCAGAGCAUUGGCACGGUGCCCACCGUGGACCUGGCAUCUCGAUACGAAUGUGCUGCUGUGGUGCUGCACUCGCCACUCACUUCAGGAAUGAGGGUGGCAUUCCCAGACACCAAAAAGACCUACUGCUUUGAUGCUUUUCCAAACAUUGAGAAGGUGUCUAAGAUCACGUCUCCAGUGCUGAUCAUUCACGGGACUGAAGAUGAGGUGAUCGAUUUCUCUCACGGUCUGGCUCUGUUCGAGCGAUGCCCGAAAGCCGUUGAGCCUCUGUGGGUGGAAGGCGCCGGUCACAACGACAUUGAGCUCUACAGUCAGUACCUGGAACGUCUGCGCAGAUUCAUCAGCCAAGAAGUGGCUGCGCAGUAAACUUCCACCAGGUCACCAAUUCAGGAAUCACCCUAGUAAUAUCAUAACCGAAAAGGCAGGCCCGGUGCACGCUGGCACCCGAACACUAAAUGGUAGGAAUAUAUGGAAAGCAAAAUUAACCGAAUCCACUUUUGGAGAGUUUUGUUCGUCCGUAAGUUUUUGACACUUUCUGUUCUGUCAGCCUGGAGCUGAGUUUUGUACUGAGAAGUCCCCACAUCUUCAGACUGCAAUGUCAGAACCUGUGAGUGUCGGUCUCAGGAAGAGCCUCAGUGCGUUUGAGACACUCGCUUACAGCUGAUUGGUCGUUUUUUGAUCGUGGUUUUCGUGAUAUUUGAACUGAACAAACUUAUAUCUCUUUAUGAAAUUCUUGAAUGUUUGUCUUUUUUUGUUUGUUAGGUCUCGUGUGAAAUUCGUUUCAGAUAUAGCAUCACCAGUUUUCCUGAGAAGAGCUCUCUGCUGGACAGAUACUGUGUGUGAAUGUGUUUUUUAUCCAAAUCUUCUCAUGUGUUUGUCAUCAGACAUCUUGAUAUACAUGACCGCUCAAAAGUUUGGACAUGCUUGUUUGAAUUUUUAUGGCUUUUAAUCUUUAAAACCUUUUUUGAUCCAAAGACUUGUGCUUAAAGGGAUAGUUCACCCCAAAAUUCAAACUUUGUCAUUAUUUACUCACCCUCAUGCCGUUUGAUCUCCAAAAUUAUUUAUUUGAUCUUCAGAACCCGAAUGCAGAUUUAUUAUCCGGUUACUAUGGGAGUGAAUGGUGCCUCUUUAAGCUUCAAAAGUGUUAACAAAUAAGUCCACCAGACCCGUGCUGUCCUAAAGGCAUGCUACUAAAAUAUAAUCCAUUAUUUGACCCGAGCCUCUCUUCUCUGUGUCUGAACUGUUGUUUAGUCCGAUGUGCACAAAAAGAAAGCAAAAGUAAACGUCUACAGGACACUUAAAAUAAGUGAAUAUCGAGUGGAGAAAGGUGCAGUGUGUAAUUUUUAAAAAGAUCCCUUGAAAGAAAUGCAAAAUAAUAUACAAAACUAUAUUAUCAGGUGUGUAUAAAUAACGUUGUGUUUUUAUUACCUUAGAAUGAGACUUUUUUAUCUACAUACACUGAGGGUCCCCUUAUGUGGAAGUCCCCAUUUUGUGCCGCAGAAGUCCUUAACAGACAAACUUUUUUUACUAAGUUGUCUCCGUCGAUGACAUGUUUUUCCGGUGGCGGGUACAGUAGCUUCUCUAUGCGUUUCAAAAGCGAGGGGUGAGCAUUUGACUGAGCUGUUGGUUGCAAUUCGCAACCUCACCACUAGAUGCCGCUAAAAUGUACACACUGCACCUUUAAUUAACAUUUUUGGGGCCUUUGAAGGGUUUUCUGGUUACUUUGGGAGUGGAUGGUGACCAGGGGCCUCAUUUAUAAAGCGUGCGUACGCACAGAUUUGAUCGUAAAGUGUGCGUAGGCAGUAAUCCACGGCAAAGUCCAUAUUUAUAAAAACUCUCUUUGACGUGGAAAAGUGCUUAGCGCCAUGUCAGGGUCUGAGCAGACGUACGCUCUUUUGCUUGUCUGAUUGAUGCAGGUUUUUGGAAAUAUAAGACAUUCUUGCUGUUUGAAAUUGGGUUUAAACAUUGACAAGCGCUCUUUUAUAUGUCUGACAUUAAUUACGCAUCGUUUAAAGGCGGAGAUCUGAAACUGCUCGACUGCGCGCACAAGUUCAUUUGCGAUUUAUGGAUUUGAAAGAGGUACGCGCGUUUUCUGCGCGUACAUUCGGUUUAUUAAUCACACGUACGCAUUUUUGUUAAAUGAUCGUAAGUUCAAAUGUAGGAUGGUUUUUACGCAGCAUUUUAUAAAUGAGGCCCCAGAAAACCAAAAGUGACCAGAAAACCUAAAACAACUCUGGGUUUGGGUUCUGAAGAACAAAGACAGACAUUGGGGUUCAAACAACAUGAAGGUGAGCAAAAUAAUGCCGAAGUUAUUGUUUUUUUGGGUGAGUUAUCACUUUAAUUGCUUAAUUCUGGACUUGCACGGGACUUCAAAUAUGGAUGCCAUGAAGUUACCCGAGAUAAUAAUUUUUUGUUCACUACAUAAAUUCCUUUCAAUUGUUUCAUUUCAUAUUUUUAAUUACUGCCAUUAUUCUAAAGUACAAAAUAGAGACCGCUAUCCAAAUCUUCGACUGGUCAUGCGUAUACAUACAGAUGUCAUUUCCCUUUCACCAUUUCUGUUUGCUUUCCAUCAAGUUAAAAAACACAUUUAACUUGGUUUUCCCCAGCACUGUUUUUAAAGACAUAUGGCAAUAUAUCUUCUUUCUUUUUGUUAUGUGAUAACUUGGUGUAAGCAUUUAUGUAUUUAUGCAGUCACGUUAUAUCCUUCAUUUUAAUUAAUGGAGAAGUAAAACGUCUUAUCAAGCAUUGCGACCGCCCCACUUGAGUUGAGUGAGAGAAAUUAAAACGAAUCUUAUUGAUAUUAUGUACGUGUGUAUUGAAGUAUGAUAUGGGUAUCGCAGUGUGUAUCGUAUUGUGAGGUAGUUGCCGAUACCCAGCUCUAAUAUGAGAACUUGAUUUGUAUAUAUUUCACUUUGUUUACACAAACCCAACUUUUUCAGUGACCCUCUGACUAAAAUUUGGCCACUGUGAAUACCCCGCAAUGAAAUGAAUCCUCUCGCCUUUACACCCUAAAGUGACACGAAACUUUAUAUUACACUAGAGAUGCACCGAUUCAUCGACCAAUAAUCUGUAUCGGUCGAUAAAAGCAAUUUUAACAGCUGAUAGUCAUGUCCUGUCAAUCAAAAGAGAACAUGGAAAUGCAUUGAAUUUGAGCUCUGUUUAUAGAAAAUGUAAAGAAACAUCACUAGUUGUUCAAUGUUAAUGGUCAUUAUAUGAAGGAAUAACUAUUGGUAGUGCUUUCAAUAUCGGCCAGAUCCGUCUGAAUAAUCGGUAUCGGAGGAAAAUUUGAAAAUUGGUUCAUCUCUAUAUUACACUCAUCAUCAGUAGCCAAACAUUACCCGGACUUACCUCCUCUGAGCUUUUUUGUAAUUAAUUUAGUUUUUUCAACAUUUCCAACACGUCACCUCCUCCCUACAAGCUGAUGUAAUGGUGCAUAAAUAACCUCUGACCUUAACGCCCGUGAUCGACAGUUUUCUGAGCUGUUUUAGAAUGGGGUCAUGACUUCCACCUACCCCUGACCUCUUGUCUGUGUUUCUAUGUGCGAUAGGAAGAACUGUGACAGAUUUUAAUAUUACCGCAUAUCUGGUCCUUGCCAAGCUCUCCAUCUUCUUUUAUCAGUUUUUGCAGUUUCUAAUGGCAUAAAGGUUUGUAUAUUGAGCUCUAUUUAUAGCAGUAAUUUCUCUUGCAUACCGCCUCGCUUUAAAAGAUGUGCUCACGUGAGUUAUUUAAACAUAAACUUUUAGAUCUAUUUUUAUAAGGUCGACAAAUCUUUGCUAUAAUACGAACAAACCUUUCACUGUUCCAGAGCCGUUUUAAAGAGAAAGUUGUCUUUGUUGACGCGACAUCUAGAUGACUAAUUUAGGUUAGUUUAGUCAAAAAUGAAAAUUCUGUCAUAUGUUCAUUGACACUGGAGCUGGUUUGUGCUUGGCUUUGGGUGUUUUAGUUGUUGAACAUGGAUAUAAAGAUGACCACAAGCUCUAAAGAGUGUUUUAAAAGUAAACAAAAGAGCUGUAUGACGCUUUUAACAUGGUCCUCUGCUUUAUGCUUUUUUUAAAGGGUACAUAUAAUGCUAAUUUUAACAAGAUGUAAUUUUAGUCUCAGGUGUGCCUAGAAUGUGUCUGUGAAGUUUAAGCUCAAAAUACCCUACUGUUUAUUUGUAAUAGCAUUUUUAAAAUGCCCCGAUUUGGUUUGGAGCCGUUUUCAUGUCUGUACCUUUAAAUGCAAAUGAGCUCCAGCUCCUCACUCUCUAACCAGCAGACAGUGAGCACUUUUGGUUAAAAUUAGAUCUGAAUCCUGUGACAAUAGUAGUUUUUCUAAAUGUAACAAACACAUUUAGAAAAGCUUUUGGGUAAAAUUAACCAGUCAGUCAGUGGCUGUGGGCGGGGCUUUAUCAGUGUGACAUCACACCCGCAUGUUUGCUUGGGUUUAAUAGGGAUUUAAUAGGGAGAGGGUGGAUUUUAUAUUUGUAGGGUUGUUGUGUUCGCUCAACACACAUUUAUGUCCAAACAUCUUGUAAAAGUGGAUUUUGCAUAUUAUGGGCCCUUUAAAGUGAACAAAAGCUCAAAAAUGUUUCUUUUGUGCUCUAAACGUGACUGAAGAAGUCUCACAGGUUUGAAACAACAUAAAGUUGGAGCAAAUAAUGA